AUGUUUCUCUAUGCGUUUCUGCUGCUCUGUGUUUUUAAAGCAAAAGGAGAAAAGGCGAAGUGCCAAAUGAUUGGGAGUCUAGAGUACCCUGUGCUUUCCAAGGAUGGGGAUGUCAUCAUUGGAGGAGCUUUUUCAAUUCACAGCAACAUUACUUUACAGACACUGUCAUUUACUGAGAAACCACAAGGUCUAACCUGCACCAGUUUGGACUUCAGAGAAUUCCGCUUUGUUCAGACCAUGAUAUUUGGUAUUGAAGAAAUUAACAACAGUAGUCUUCUUCCUAAUAUUUCAAUUGGGUACAAGAUAUUUGAUAGCUGCAGCUCAACAUUAGCCUCUAUGAGAUCAGUCAUGGCUUUGAUAAAUGGCCAGGAGCUUACAGCGCAAGAAACCUGCUCUGGGCACUCAGCAGUGCAAGCAAUCAUUGGGGAGUCAGAGUCUUCUUCAACUAUUGUGAUGUUGAGAGCAACAGGGCCAUUCAGGAUUCCAGUGAUUAGUCAUUUUGCGACCUGUGCUUGUCUGAGCAACAGAAAAGAGUAUCCCUCCUUUUUCAGAACAAUUCCCAGCGAUUACUACCAGAGCAGAGCACUGGCUCAGCUAGUGAAGUAUUUUGGCUGGACCUGGGUAGGAGCGGUCAGAAGCGAUAAUGACUAUGGCAACAAUGGCAUGGCCACAUUUAUGGAAGCAGCAAGAAAAGAGGGAGUAUGCAUUGAGUAUUCUGAAGCCAUUCUAAGAACAAAUUCCAAGGAAAGCAUUGCUAAAGUUGUGGAAGUGAUCAAACAAGGCACAGCUAAGGUUUUGGUAGCAUUUCUGGCCCUGAGUGAAAUGGAUGCUCUGUUAGAAGAGGCUCUUUCUCAAAACAUGACAGGGCUACAGUGGAUAGGCAGUGAGUCCUGGAUAACUGCCAGGUACUUGGCAACUGAAAAGACAUCAAAAGUUAUCAGUAGUGCAAUAGGCUUCACAAUCAGUAAGUCUAAAAUUCCAGGUCUGAAGGACUUCCUUGUAAAAGUCCAUCCAUCUCAGAGUCCCUCAAGUGCACUUCUGAGGGAGUUCUGGGAAACAACAUUUGGAUGUCAGUUUUCUCAAAAUGAUGACAAUGAGAAGCUUUGCACUGGAUUUGAGAAUCUUAAAGAAAUAAACAACACAUUCACUGAUGUGUCUGAGUUAAGGAUUUCCAACAAUGUGUACAAAGCAGUUUAUGCAAUCGCCCAUGCCUUGCAAAACACAUUGGCUUGCAAAGCUGAUGAUCCCUUUGAAAAUAUAACUUGCACCCAAAAGGAUGCACUGCUGUCAAGUCAGGUAUUACAUUCUUUACAGAGUGUUAACUUUACAAUGCCUACAGGUGAGAGUGUGUAUUUUGACAGUAAUGGAGACCCUAUUGCAAGGUAUGAGCUGGUGAACUGGCAGAAAAAUGCAGCAGGAGACAUUGCCUUUGUUACAGUGGGUCACUAUGAUGCUUCUCUCCCAAGAGAUGAGCAGUUUGUCAUGAAACCUAUCAAUAUAAUCUGGGCUGGAAAUAGUGACAUGAGGCCCAGGUCUGUAUGCAGUGACAGCUGUCAACCAGGCUUCAGACAGGCACAACUAAAAGGGAGACCACCUUGCUGCUUUGCAUGUGUACAGUGCCCUGUGGGUGAAAUCACCAAUGCGACUGACUCUGUGGAAUGCAUCAGAUGUCCUCUGGAGUACUGGUCAAAUGAAAACCACAGCCUCUGUGUUCCAAAGAGAGUGGAAUUCCUCUCAUUUGAUGAAAACAUGGGAAUCCUUCUGACAGUGUUUGCAUUAACAGGAGUUUCAUUUACCAUAGCUGUAGGACUGGUGUUUUUCUACUUCAUAGAUACACCACUUGUAAAGGCAAGCAACACUGAGCUGAGCUUCCUCCUGCUCUUCUCACUGACUCUGUGUUUCCUCUGUUCACUUACUUUUAUUGGUCAGCCCUCUAAAUGGUCCUGUAUGCUGCGCCACACAGCGUUUGGGAUCACCUUUGCCCUUUGCAUGUCCUGUGUUCUGGCAAGAACAAUAGCAGUGGUAAUGGCCUUCAGAGCCACUGUGCCAGGCAAUAGUCUUCCACAGUGCUCUAUGCCUGUACAGAGAAUGAGUGUUUUCUGUUGCACUCUUUUUCAAGUCAUUAUUUGUACUUUGUGGUUAGCACUAGCGCCUCCAGUACAUCGCAAAAACAUGGCACACUCCACUGACAAAAUCAUUCUAGAAUGUGAUCUAGGUUCUGUGGUAGGUUUCUGGGCUGUGCUGGGUUAUGUAGGACUUCUAGCUGCUUUGUGUUUUGUUUUGGCUUUUCUAGCACGGAAGCUGCCUGAUAACUUUAAUGAAGCCAAGUUCAUCACAUUCAGCAUGAUCAUAUUCUGUGCAGUGUGGAUCACUUUCAUCCCAGCUUAUGUCAGCUCUCCUGGAAAGUUCACUGUAGCUGUGGAGAUAUUUGCCAUUUUAGCCUCAAGUUUUGGUUUGUUAUUCUGUAUCUUUAUUCCAAAGUGUUAUAUUAUUAUACUUAAGCCAGAGCAGAAUACUAGGAAACGGCUAAUAGGCAAAACACAUGCAAAAUCACAAUGA